AUGACACGUGAAAGAUAUGAACAUCUUGCACCGCCAUCGAAAGUGGCUAAAGUAAAUCGCUUUCGCUUCUUUAGUCAUAUAUUAAGGAGGCGGGCAAAUCCUCUUGUUCAACGAGUUCUGAGGAGUUUGUCGGGUUUGAGUUGGAAGAAGCCACCUGGCCGAAAAUGGAAGUUUUGGACUGAGGUGGUGGGAGAGGACCUGAGGACACUCGGCGUGGAUAAGCAGUUCAGGCGAGACAUAAAGUUUCGCACGAUGUGGAAUAGCGACGAUUGGAGUGAUUGUGUGCACGCUCUCGCAGAAAAUCGAAAAGGUUGGGCAGGCUGUGUUCAAGCACAUCACACCUCGGGGACACAUCCGCGGGUAAUCGCGUCAGGCGUUGACAUCAGCCCGCCGAUUGAGUGA